UUUUUUUUUUUUUUCGCUUUUUUUCUCAUUACAUAGACUAAGCAAAUUUUCACAUCGUCCAAAGUCGCAAAUACGAUAGAAAUAAACAAUCGAGGAUAACAUCGUUGACCUUAGGUCUUCGAUUAAAUCCGGUAGAGGUUUUACUUUCGUUAAGUUACCUCAUAUUUACCUACCUAGUAGCUUAUGCUAGAUACCUUCGUUAACGCUCACAUUCAUCCAAGUGAUCAGCCUCGACGCUGAUCGACAUCACCUUUUGCCAUGGAUCAACAACGACUUGUCGAGUUGCUUCAGGCAUCCCAGAUACCCGACACACAAAAAGUUAAGGCGGCAACGGCAGAGUUGCGCAAAAACUUCUAUCCCCACCCUGAUGCCUUACUCGGCCUCCUUCAUGUCAUCGUGUCCCAUCCCGAGGCAACUGUUCGCAUGCUUGCUGCUGUCCAAGCUCUUCGACUUGUUGAGAAGCACUGGGUGAAUAUUUCAGACGAUCAGAAACCUUCGGUUCGCAAUGAGCUUCUCCAAGCAAUCGUUCGAGAGCAGAAUGCGAAGUGCCGUCACGGCCAGUCUCGUGUCAUCGCUGCUAUCGCCACCUUAGACUUUAGCGAUGGGCAGUGGACUGAUCUGCUCCCUGCUGUCAUGCAACUUACUAACUCUGACGAUGUCACUCACCGUGAGGUUGGCUCAUAUAUCAUCUUCAGCCUCGUUGAAGCAAACCCCGCUUACUUCGAGGAUCACUUGUCAACUUUAUUUGAACUCUUCGCUAAGACCAUUCGAGAUCCCCAGAGUCGCGACGUUAGAAUCAACACCAUGCAAUCCAUCAGCGCGACGUUGAUGUUAAUCGACUCUGAUGAGGAUGAGCAAUCUCUUAACACCAUCCAAGAGUUUACCCCCCUCAUGGUCGAUGUUCUUAAGGAUGCCGUUGAGAGUGGGGAUGAUGAGAAGGUGCAACAAUGCUUCGAAGUUUUCCAAACAUUUUUGGCAUAUGAUAGCGCCUUGCUCACCCGUUACUUUAAGGACCUGGUACAGUUCAUGCUUGAUCUAGCUACAAACACGGCAGCAGAAGAUGAUGUGCGUUCACAAGCCUUAGCUUUCCUCGCACAUUGUGUUAGGUACCGCCGUCUAAAGAUCCAAGCGAUCCCUGACAUGGGCGCGCAGCUCAUGAAGAAGUCGUUGAUGAUCCUGUCUGAGUUGUCUGACGACGACGACGACGAAGAGGAUAACACACCGGCCAGAAGGGCUUUAGCUGUCAUAGACCAGCUUGCCUCAGACUUACCACCGCGUUUAGUCAUCGUACCUUUAUUAGAUGAAUUUAAAAACUACGCUACUUCGCCGAAUCCCGGGCAGCGCAAGGCCUGCGUACUAGCUCUUGGCACAUGUGGUGAAGGUGCCCCAGACUUCGUCUCGACUCAGAUAUCAUCAAUCAUGCCGCUGGUCCUAAAUCUCCUCAAAGACCCAGAACAGAGCGUUCGUCAUUCUGCUCUCUUAGGUCUUAUCCACCUAGGCGAAGACUUAGCCGAUAGCAUGUCGGCCUAUCACGAUGAAAUCAUGACCGCAUUGGUUAUGAAUUUGGAUGCGGCCAGCGGCAACGAGUCUGACGAGAAGAAUGCCGAGAUAAUCCGCUCCGUCUGUGGUGCCAUCGAGUCCUUGGCCGAGGGCUUGGGCUCCGAGGUCAUGGCUAAGUACAGAGAGAGUAUGAUUCAUCGAAUCGGAAUUUUCAUAUCUCAUCCGGAUCCUAAAGUGAAGUCUUCGGCUGCCGGCGCGCUCGGUGCUAUCGCCGCCUCCAUCAAGAGUGCGUUUAUCCCGUACCUCAAACAGACUAUGGAGGCCCUGUCGUCGUACAUUAUAGCCGAGAGUGGCGAAGAAGAGUUAGCGUUGAGAAGCUCCGUAUGCGAUGCUAUGGGUCGCAUGGCCGUCGGAGUCGGCGCUCAAGAAUUCAGCCCCUACGUGAUGCCGCUACUAGUAGCUAGCGAAAAAGCCCUCCAUCUUGGCAAUCCCCGCCUCCGCGAGACCACCUUUAUACUGUGGAGUCAGCUAGCUACGGUUUAUGAAGGAGAUCUCGGUGACUCUCUUGCUGGAAUCUUCCAGGGCCUGUUCGACUGCCUCGAGCAAGAGGAAGAAGACGAACCUGAAGGCCUGGAUGGCCUCAUAGACGAGGCCACGAAGAAGGGUAAGGCAAAGGCCUCUGAAGACGCGGAAGAGGAAUAUGUCGACAUCAUGGAUGACGAUGACGACGACGACGAUGAGUGGGACGACUUAGUUGGAGUCUCUGCCCAAGCGUUCGAGAAGGAAAUUGCCUUGGAGGUUCUCGGUGACGUUAUCUACGCUGCCAAGGACAAGAGUGCGCCUUAUAUCGAAAAGACACUUGAACUCGUAGCUCCAUUUGUCGAGCAUAGCUACGAGGGGUGUCGAAAGACCGCCAUUGGCACCUUGUGGCGGUCGUAUGCUUGUGUUUGGGAAGUCAUGGAGUCCCAGGCUGGUGUUAAGUGGAAAGCGGGUUUACCCCUUACGUUCGAGCUAUCUCCCCACAUUGCCAAGCUAGGUGAAAUCGUCUCUACCGCCACCAUUCACGUAUGGGCGGAGGAAGCCGAUCGGGAUGUCAUAACGGACAUUAACCGAAGCGUCGCCUCUACGUUGAAGACCUGCGGGCCGGCGAUACUUGGACAGAAGGACUUCCUAGUCCAAGUUACCACCAUUCUUAGGCUGAUCAUUAACCGGCAACACCCUUGCCAGUUGGAUGCCGGCGAGGAGGACGAGCAGGACGGGACCCAAGGAAGCUCCGAGUGGGAUUGGCUCGUCGUAGACACAGCAUUGGACGUCUUGAUCGGCCUCGCCUGCGCCCUCGGUCAUUCGUUUGCGCAGAUCUGGGAGGCCUUUGAGAAGCUCAUCGUUAAACUUCUCAGUUCUAACGAAGCUAUAGAGCGAUCGACUGCUGUCGGUGUCGUGGCUGAGUGCAUCUCCUAUAUGGGCAUGGUGGUGACCCCCCACACGUCAACUCUACUACGCCCGCUGCUGCACCGUCUUUCGGACGAGGAUAAAGAGACCAAAUCAAAUGCCGCAUAUGCAAUCGGGCAGCUUGUGUGCCACUCGGACGACGCCAAAACAUAUCUCCCGGCGUAUAAUGAGAUUCUAAGUAAACUAGAGCCGUUAUUACAGAUCACGGAUGCCCGACUACAGGACAACGCGGCCGGAUGCGUAUGCCGCAUGAUAAUAGCCCAUCCCGACAAGGUUCCGAUUGCAGAUGUGCUUCCUGUCAUCGUCGACUUGCUUCCUCUGAAGGAGGACUUCGAGGAGAACAAGCCGAUCUACGAAUGCAUCCACAAACUCUAUUCGAUGGAAAAUCCCACGGUGCGUGAGCUUACUCCUAAGAUUUUGAAUAUCUUCCGGGGUCUCCUCGAGGCAGAUGACGAGCAGCUCGACCCUUAUACGAAACAGCUGGUUCUAGAUAUGAUAUCUACUCUUUCCGUGUAGGUUAAUAGAUUUGAUAUGGUUGUUCAAGGGUGCCUAGGGAAAAAAAAGGACAUUACGGCAGAUGGGUAUGAUUAGAUGAGUCGUAUGAGUCCAUGAAGAAUAGGAGGCAUGGUGGUCAUCGGAUUUGUAUAUAAAUGAUUCCCCCCGAUAGUUGAUUCCCAAACGUCCCAUAGCGGGACUAUUACCCUUAUCCUCUGCUUGCCGAAUAUUCUGGCGACAGGCCAUAGUGCAUGAUACCUAAUGUUACAAAAAA